AUGCCAUUAUCGAACAAAAAGAAAGGAUUUUACUUAAAAGAAAAAUUUUUGGAUGCGAAUGAAUCAUUAAAAUCAUUAACAAUUACACCGCAAAAACACAACAAAGAUAAUUAUACUAGUAAACGUAUUAAUACAGAUACAAUAGUGAAUUUUAUUAAUUCAGAUAAAAUUAAACGAAGUGACUUUGUGAUGCAAAAUCACUCUAAAGACGAAUAUUCUAUCAAAAAUAACAUUAAACGAACUGAUCUCGCGAUACAAAAUGCACCAGUAGAAGAAGUGGAUAGUAAUGGUUUACCUAUAAUUAGCGGGAUUCCGGCAAAUACUAC